AUGUCGUUGCAGGUGAACCUGUCGUCGCCUGCUAUUCGCAGCGCGUAUGAGAAAGUGCUAGAUGGAGUCUAUGACUAUCUUGUACUGUCAUACAAAAAGUUGUCGAAUGAUUUAGACGUAUCCGCGAGUGGGAAAGGCACACUGGAUGAUCUCUCUGAGGAGUUCUCGGACGGCAAGAUCCAGUAUGCCCUGGCCCGUGUCGUGGACCCGAACACGAAGCUGCCGAAAUUCGUGUUGAUCAACUGGUGUGGUGAUGGUGUUCCUGAAAGCCGAAAAGGCCUGUUUCCCUCGCACAGUGCGACUGUCGCGGAUUUCUUCAAGGUGUAUCAUGUGUCGAUCAGCGCACGCACAGACCUGGACGUGACGCCGGAUGCCAUCCUGCGCAAGGUCAAAGACAGCAGUGGCAGCAAAUAUGGUACGGCUAGCUCGCGCGCUUCGGAGCCCAUUGUCCCAGCUGGCACAUCGUACAAGCCGAUUGGCAGACCCGACAUUCGUGGUAUGCAAGCCAAGGCCCCGAAAGACACGAUCACUCCUGUGGGUACUUCCUAUACGCCUGCUCGCGAAGAGCUACAGCGUCUCCGUGAGGGAAAGCUGCAAAACCCCCCUGCUCCUCCUGCAGCGCCCCGUCCUUCUGCGCCCCAGCCAAGUGGGCCGCCCCCUCCAAGUGUACCGCAGCCUCGCACAGCGGCUGCCGCACCGCCGCCGCCACCUCCGGCCGCGUCAACGCCACCUGCACAAGGCAGUGAUGUUCCACCCAAACCUGCAGACGAAGAUAAGAUUCAGCCAGUCGGCACGGCCUAUACACCCGUGUCACUACCUCGUCCUGGAAAGCUUUCUUUGGACCGAACAAAGAUGUUUUCAAAGCCAAGUGAGACGGAUUCGGUGCCUCCAGUUCGUCGGUCAACACCCGGGCGACUUACCUGGAGCCAGCGACAAGCUAUGGCCAAAGCCGCUGACGAGGAGGCGGAGCUACCGAGGAAUGUCUCUGGGCACCUCUGA